AAGUAUGCAUAUAUUCAUGAUCAGCAUCAAUUUUUGAAUCGAUUUGCACAUGUUCGCCCGUUCGUCUGUCUGUCCUGUAUCCUGGUCAAAUUUGAACAGAAACAUUAGCAGUUCCUGAACGCAGGUUGUAUAGAGGAAAUGGGGCAAAUCGGUCGGAUGACGCGCCUACAGUACAGUUUGCUCAUUACUCACAAAAAAUAUAGCGGAUAAAUGUACAAAUAUAUGAACGUGUACUCUAUUGGUGAUGCUAUAAUACCCGUAGAAGAAUGGAGGAAAUAGGCCAAGCCUACCCGUUAGUAUAUAGCGUAUUAAAAUUUAAUUUAUUUUUCAAUAUCCUUUAAAAAUCCCCAAAAAGUGUAUAAAUUCUUGGCCAGCUUCAAAUUCAGAACGCGUCCAUAUAUAUCGACUUAUCCGUCUGCCCAAUUAUAUAUAAUAUCCAUGGCAGACGUUCUCUCCUUCGCAAAAGCGAACAUAUCGCCCAAAAAUUCAGAAAAGAAUCUAAAAAUGACUCAAAAUGAUCAAAGGUAACAACUACAACGCCCAUACGCUUACGUAAAAAAGAUUGUGUUCUUAGCUUGUUACACGCACCCAAGCAUAAGCAUGAAAAUUACGCUUUUUCCCUUUUGGUUGGAUCUUUUUUGGAAUAACAGUGAUGGGUGUAUAAGAUUUGGUCACGACCGAAAAUAGUUUUCUUACUUCUUCAGUUUUUUAAUGAUCAAUAGGAGCAUAUAUAUAGGGCAUAGAUAGAUGAUAAGUAGAAAAAAUAAACUGAUGACCAUGAAAGAAUCCAUAUGAGAAAUGGAAUGGCAGUGUGAGAGUUGCGGUGACCACCUAAUCCAGCGAUCGCCAAAGCGGUGGCCAAGCGAUGGCCAAGCGAUGGCCAAGCGAGUGCCAAGAAAGCUUGCCAUCCCCUGAUCUAAUCUAUAAUGUCGCGUUGUAAUAUACUGUAAUAUAAUGUCAUGGUUAGCGCACACACAAAACUGGUAUUGAAAUGCAUUUCCUAUUCUCAUUGCAAGAGUCAACGAACAAUCAUCAUUAACAAUUUGUUAGACAGCAAGCGUUAAUGUUUUGAGUAGAUAAGACGGUCACGGAAGAAAUUAUUUAUAUUUUGCAUGCGACAUGCGAAACGUGUUCGCUCUCAUAGUCCUGAGCUCUUGUAGAUAACCGUUUUUCUGCUUCUAUUUGCAGAUCUUUGCAGCAAAAAAAAAAAAAAGAAAAAAAGAAAAAGACAACAACUAAAAAAACGACCAUGACAAUAUAUAAUUGACGUUAUAUAUUCUGGAAUAAUAAUAUACCGUUGGAUGCUACUCGAAUUAUGCCAACUACAUGAAAGGAAGCAAAACACAACCACAUAUACGCCUUGAUAAACAAUGAAAAACAUUUAACAAAAAGUAAAAUUUACGAAAAUUAAUUUUUCAAAGAAAACAUGGAAACAAGCAUCGUAGAAGUGAGCCGUGGAAGAGCAUGAGAUAUAAUACAUACAUAUAUGUAUAUACCUUACGUGUACUUAAAUCUAUAGCAUAAGCCAAACGAAAAAAGCUUUAAUUAACAGAUAAAAUAUAUAUGUAAAGAAAUUGUAAAUAGAAAUGCACUCUCUAAUAACACGAUAUAUAUAACAAUCUAACAACAACAAUGAUUACCAGAGUUUAUGAAAUAAAAAUUCUUCCAUUUAAUAUGAAAAAAUAUGAAAACUUAAACAAAUUUUUCUUUUUUAUUUACACCAAUCAACAACAAAGAUAUUGGAGUAACUAAUAAAAUAAAAUAAAAUCAAAUCAAAUAAUAAACAAAAAAAAAAAAAAAACCAAAAAAUACAAGAAUUUAUCCUCUUCGAUUUUUAAGCCUUAUUUAUUAAUUAACGAAAAUAUUUAUGUACAUUUUCUAAUAUAAUAAUAAUAAUAAUAAUAAUAAUAAUAAUAAUAGCAAAAAAGAAAAAGAAAAAAUUAAAUCAACAUAGAAGAAAAGGAGAGCGAGGAAGAGAGUAAAUAAAUCAGUAUAAUUAUUCGCAAUCGAAAGCUCGUUGUUCCUGAUUUAUGCAAAUUAAUAUAAAAACGUGACAAAAUUAUUAAUUCAUUAAAAAGUGAAAUCAAAUUAUUUGAAUCGCAAAAAUGGACGAACUGCCGGAUUUAUCCUAUUUGACGCCUCACGAGCGCAUGCAAAUCGAAAAUGUUCUAAUGCGUCAGAAGCAAGAGGAGGAGAAGCAAAAUGAAAUUAUGAGGCGAAAACAAGAUGAAGUCGUUUCAUUGGAAAUGCAAAUACGACAACGUUCAGAGCAACAAAAAAAAGCUGGUGUUGAGCUUGAUGCAACCUGUCACAUAUGCCUUAAAACGAAAUUUGCCGAUGGUGUUGGACAUGUUUGCCACUAUUGCAAUAUACGAUGCUGUGCGCGUUGCGGUGGCAAAGUAACGUUACGCAGUAAUAAGGUUAUUUGGGUGUGUAUACUGUGUCGUAAAAAACAAGAGUUACUAUCAAAAACUGGCCAAUGGAUUAACAAGGUGACCGUACACCAAGAUGGUUUCAUAAGACGCAUAGAGCCCGAUGGCAGUAGCGACAUAUCUCAGCAAACGGUCGCAGAUAUACAUGACAACGCUGAUAAGCGGCCAAAGUUGGAGCGUACGCGUAGUGCAGCCGAAAAGGAAAAUCUGCCGUUAGAGCAUACAGGUAGCGUGUUGAGACGUCAGUAUUCCCAGCAAGAUCAGACAACGAAUCGUCGCAUGUCAGGCACAGAAGCAAGCGUGGACGCCAUGAAUCAGAGUCAACAAAGGCAACGUGUUCAAUCUAUAACCUCACAGCAACAACAAUAUCGCGCCCAAAAUGAUAUUAUAAGCAGCAAUAUGGGCGGUGUCGAUUUAACAACGUACGCCGAAGAAGAUCUUCGUUACUAUCAAGGAGAAAUUGAUGGUCUGAUGAGACAACAUCCGCACUUAACGCAUCCAAGUCAACGACAACAACAGCAGCAGCAAAUUCAUUCCACAUUAUCGCAACAGCAACAGCAACAGCAACAGUAUCAACAACAGCAAACAAUGAUUGCUGGCUUGCGUGGCCAGAGUCAUGCCCUGCCAUCUUCCCAUCAAACACAAUUGCCUCAUCAAGCUCAGCAGCCAUUACAACAACAACAACAACAAAAAGCUGCAAUCCAUUCAUCUUCUUCUUACAGCAAUGCACAAAUGUCAGCGAUGACUACUACAACGCAUCAUCAUGCAGCAAUUGCUGCUGUGUCUCACUUAUCGAUGCCCUCCCAUAACUUGGGAAGCAGCGUCACAAACCAACCGCCAAACAAUACUCAGACUUCCUCUCAGAAACCGCCAUUAAUACAACGUGAAAGUGGUUACCCGAGGGACUCAGCGUCGUACAGUACUCGUCGCCACAUGAGUAGCACCCAACAACAACAACAACAACAACAACGGAAUUUUAAUAAUUCCGAAGAGGAAAUGCAAAGUCAUUUGCUGAGAGUUAAUACAGGACAAUAUGAAUAUGAUGGGGUCGGCCCUGCAGCGACCGGUGAAUUCGGUGCAAGUGCUAUAACUGUUAUGAGCACUAUCGCUGGCAGUAGUGCUGCCGGUAUUGAUGGUAGUAGUGGUGGUGACAUAAAAACUAUACUUUCAACUGGCGACUUGCAAAUUCAUGCAAAUCACUCAGUCAAUUGGCAAAUAUCGGCGGAUAAAACUCGUACGAUUGGUCACAUGAUAUUACGCAAUUACUACCUUGAUGAAGAUAUGCUAGGCUUAAAGGUUUUAGGUGGUCAAGCCGUAAAUAUAAAUAGUGAUAGUGGUUCCAGCACUUUGGCUGCCAUAGUCGACACCGUUAAACGUGGUUCUGUAGCCGACACUGACGGUCAUAUUAAACCAGGCGACGAAAUAAUCAAAUGGAACGGCUAUUGCCUGCAAAAUAAAAGCGCCAACGAGGUUUAUGAGAUAAUUACCGAAAGCCAUAACGAAACUCAAAUCGAAUUGGUCGUAGGCCGAACGAUUAAGCUCCACCAACGACAAGCGACGGGGGACAAUGGUAUACAUAAACUUUCUAGAAGCACUAUAGCCAGCUAUAUGGCAAGCAGUGCUGUUGUUAGCAGUGGUGGUGCGUAUAUAAUGAAAAAAGCCACUUCCGUUAACGAACGUGAUAAGCCAAGUGUGCUUAUAACUUCACCGGACUGCUCGGACCUAUACGCUCACUUUUGUGAUGGUACGAUUGUGGGUGCCGGCGGUAGCAUACUUACCGUAAAAGAAUCGACAACGAAUGUACAAAAACAAUAUCAAAAAGCCCAAGCAACACCAUCGGCUACAACAGUUUCAGCACAGGUUCAGCGCCUGGGACCAAUACAAACAUCAGAGAUUUCUGAUAAAAACGCUACCACCAAGAACAUCCUCGUUAGCGAUUGCGGCAACGCUAGCAACGGUUAUUUUAAUAAUAAAAGUGCUGGAGGGUCCUCACAACCGCAAUCAACGUUUACAAAAACAGCAGCAACAACAACGACGGCAGGCUAUUACAAUCAUUAUCACUAUUAUCAUCCGGAGACUACAGUACCCGCAUCAUCGUCAUCGCACGCGCAUGCAUAUGGCACAAGUUUGGGACCACAAAUAUUGCCUAACGCUCAAAUUACCGCUCAUAGUGCAGCGGCCAUGGUUGGUCGUAUGCCUCUGCAUAAAGAAGGCGCACUCCAGAUGAAAUUGGGUUACGAUCAGAACACAUUACAGCUGAUUGUAACCAUAGUAUGCGCUACGGGGUUGACGCUACGACAAAGUGGUGUCGCAAGAAAUCCUUAUGCUAAAGUGUUCCUUUUACCCGAUCGUGGUACAAAAUCAAAAAGACGCACUAAGACCUUAGCAAAUACAUGCGAACCACGUUGGGGUCAAACUUUCAUUUAUACCGGUUUUAGGCGUUGUGAUUUAAAUGGCCGUCUAUUAGAGGUUACUUUAUGGGAUUACGUAAGAUACGGUGCCAACGAUUUUAUUGGAGAAGUCGUCAUUGAUUUGGCUCAUCAUAUACUAGACGACGAAGCCGAAUGGUAUAAAUUGCAACCACAUCAGGAUACGUCAUAUCUCGCUUCUGGCGCACAAGCUGGCUGUUAUCGUCGUAAUGGCCUACCCACUACUGGACCUGGUGGUAUGAGCAUAAGUCAGCGAAGCCAUUCAGCUGCACCAACUGACUCAUAUCACAGCGGUGGUAUAUAUUAUCGCAGUACCAGUCCGAGACGUGGUUCGUUAUCACCACCUGAAGAUCGUUAUAUCGAUUAUACGGGCCUUUCGCCCUACGGUACAUGUAGUACCGUCCCGGCAUAUUGCGGUGUAGUCGGAUCGUCCACGACAGCUCAACAGCAACGUUUUCAAUCACGUUCAGCGACUGCCACACCGACUGGUUCACCAAAAAAGCGACAAUUGCCACAGGUACCCCAAAGCUCACGUGCAAUGUUCCGCGAUCGUUUCGGCCAAGAGCUUGACGAACGUCUUACUACAGGUACUACGAGUGGACGUUUUGGUAGACAUCGAACUCGGCAACCUCAUCAUCAAGCAACUUAUCGUAGUACCGGAAUGGGUGGCUGGGAACGCCACUAUACAGGCCUCUCAGAUAGUGAUUUGCACUCAAUGGAGACUCGUAUGCGUCCACGGCACUCCCUAUCCCCCGACAAAGAUUUCAUGGGAGAAUUUGGUGAUUCCGAUAUGGAAUCUGUAGUUAGUGUAACAUCGAGUGCUUUUUCAACACAAUCGGAACGACCACGGGGAUCUCGCGGUCUGAGUAGCUUACCACGUAAUUGGCGUUCCUACUUCGGGGCCAACAGUUUAACCGCUGGCUCAGCAGGUAUGCAUGGUAUGGGCGGCGACGAUGGCGGCAUUAGACGUGGAUUUUUGAAACACUUUCGUUCGAACACUAUUGAAGUAGAUGAUUGUACCUAUUUACCGACCGACUAUACAGUACCUAUUAGUUUAAUGCCUUCACACCUUCAAACAAAGCCAACGACAACAGCUACACAGCAAAUGCAAUUGUUAGAGCAACUGGAACACUUACAACGUUUAGCCGAAUUGGCCGCCAAUGAAUCACCACCGAAUACGGCAACAAGUGUACAAUUAGCCACAACACUUCAACCACAGCCACAACUGCCAACACUGGCUACUGACAAUAACGAAGAAAUAGUUGAGCAGUACUUCCUGGAUUCUUCGGGAAAUCCAAAUCUUAUGUUGAUGGACAGCAGCAAUGCCAGUAACGGCAAUCCAAUGCAUAAUCGACUUACACAAGACCCACAUACACAGCUACAGCUCACAACUCAGUCACAUUCAUUCAAUCCACGUCCACUUCAACAUAUACCCACCAUACAGUUCCCCGAGUACCAAAUGCAUGCUGCCGAUUUCACGCAUUUCCCCUCCGACUCAGGUUUUCCUUCCGAUAGUGUUUUAAACGCUGGCAUAGAAGCUGAUGGCGGGGUCGGAGGCCCAAUACGUGGCCUAAAGCGACUCACCACACCCUUGGCAAACUUUUUUCGCCAGCAGCCUAGCCCCAGUUUAUCAAUAGCUGCUGACACUCAUCCGCACGCACACACCGUGUCCUCGUCGCCCUCGUCUUAUGUGGGUUACAUACGUGAUCACUACGACAACACAUGCAGUCAUUGUCAAAAUGGCAGCCAACCAGUUGUACUGUCAACCAAUGCUGUGCUCGCUUCGUCUGGGCUAACAAUUGGGGCAUGUGGUGACCCUUAUUGCUUAACAGAAGCCCAUCCACAUCCGCAGCAUCACCCCGUUGCUUAUCCGUACACAGCAGAACAAUUAUUGCAAAGACCAUCGCUGUCCGUGUUUCAACCUUCAUCAUCGGAACCUACACUGCCCACCACGGAUCCGGUAAUAUGCGGUGAAUGUGUGGAUCAGCACUUUGUCAGCGGUAUGACAGCACCUCAACUUGACUUAGGUGCUGUGCCCACUUACCAUGUACACACACCUACACCAACUGCGCACAAGAAAGCCAAAGCGUCCUUGGCUCCUCCACCUCAACUGCCCUACCAAUCGGUAUUACGACUAUCUCGCCAACUCAGCGAGGAUGCUUUAGUAGCAGCUGUACCCAUAGCUGAGUCGAAGUCUCAGCCGCCAUCAAUUUUAAAAAAACCAAAAGUGGGGAUAUCAACGGGCCGUACGUCUUUAGACCGACGGAAAUACUUUCAAGAAGGUCAAUCUCGCUCCUUAGACUAUGAUGAUUUGCACGCUAAAAGCUGGGGCAGGCGGCGUAUACGCUAUGAAGACGAAGUUUAUCCUGCCCAAUUUGACGAAGAUCUUUCUAGACGUUACGGUUCUGAAACCAAUAUUCGCCAAUCCUAUAUGGGUGCUAAUGUGGACGCCGCUAAUCCUCUUAGUCAUUCCCAUUUUCUGGUAACGGAUGAUAAGAUCGUUACGAUCACGUAUGAUUCAGAUGUAGGUUGGACGAGGCGUGGUGUGGCUCCGUCACAAUUUCGUGAGCCUCGCCGACGCUUUGAUGGGCGUGAAAGAAAUCACAUGUCCUUAGAAUUGGAUCGAUCUACUCACGACCGAUUAUAUGGUUCAGCUAUGCCCUAUCAGAAACGAAGACGAAAUCUGCCACAUCCCCCUAGCGCACAAAAUGCCCAUAAUUUUUCCCCCAUGGAACCGGGUUCUCGCAUGCCAUAUGACGAUGACGCAACCAUGACGGGAUCUGAUCCACAUACGAACGUAGCAUUAUCACAUGGUGGGCCUGGUUCCAUGAUGAAUGGCCAUGCAGCCGCCGAACGCCAAGGCCCCGUCGGAGAACAGCAAGGACGACAGGCACUACAGGCCGCCAAACGAGGCCGUACACGUAUCGAACAACUACAACACGAAUCAGGCAGUGAUCGCAGUAAUCUCGUCAGCAUCAAUGAUCAGCCUGAAUAUUUCGAGUACGAUGAUUACGGCGAUCGCGGCGCCUCUUCACACAACAAUACACAGCAACGCCAAUAUAACACAAUAGCAACAGCAAGUAGUGCUAUGCCAGGUAGUGGUAGUAGUGUCAGGCAAAGAGGGAAAGAAGUUCUAGUACAUGAACAACAGACGAAAUCUAGUAGUGGGAGUGGUGGAAGUGGUGGCGGCGGUAGUAACGCUACUGCCGCUACAACAGCCACUACGGCCACUGCUUGUAAUAUCGUCUCGGGUAGUAAUAAUGCUAAUAAUGCUGCUUCUUCUUCCUCUUUUGCAAAUUCCCAUCAUCAUGGUGUCAUGGCUAACUCCACAUCACCCAAUAAACGUGCCUCAUUGAAACAUCAUAAUAAUACAACAACAACAACAAACAACGACGUUGACGGUACAAUCAUACAAACCACAAAUCUCACAACAACAACUACAACAACAACCACGACAUCUUCAUCGACGAAUGUUGCAACAAAAACAUCAAUAACUGACACAUCGCAAUCAAUGGCUGUUGAUCCAUCGACAACCGAUGCUGCUGCUGCUGAUGGCGAUGGCGAUGCACAACUUGACGUUAUCGAUUGGGACGCAAUCGAUGCCAUGCUGGACGAUGAUUUCAGUGAAUAUGACGCAAAAGAUACUAAAACAGAUGGUGGUGAUGGUGGCGGCGCUGAUAAGAAAGAAGAAGGGGACGAUAAAAUCGAUGGCAGCCUUUCCGAUACUGCUACUGACCGGAAAAAAGGUAAUGUGGACCAAGAACGCUCACCCAAAAGUGGCAGUGGAAUGGGUAAAAAGUCCAAUUCUACAUCCCAGCUUUCUGCCACCGGUCGUAAAAGACGUAUGGGCUUUGGAAAAAAGGGCAAGAGUUCGUUUACAGUGCAUCGCAGUGAAGAAGUGCUGCCGGGUGAAAUACGAGCAGUUUUAUCGCGUGGCUCAUCUUCCGAAGCCGAUGGUGGCGAAGGUCUCGGCGAUAUUGGUGCUGGUAGUGGUGGGGACAGAUAUUCACCAUCAUCUCGGUUAAAUGAUGGUCAACUGUCGGAGUUUAUAGAUGGCUUGGGUCCCGGACAAUUGGUGGGACGUCAAGUUUUGGGCGCGCCCUCUUUGGGCGAUAUACAGUUGUCGUUAUGCCAUCAAAAAGAUUGCCUCGAAGUCGAAGUCAUCAGAGCCAGAGACUUACAACAAAAACCCACAUCAAAAAUGCUGCCGGCUCCGUACGUAAAAGUUUAUUUGGUUUCGGGAAAAAAAUGCAUUGAUAAAAUGAAAACAAGUACAGCCAGGCGUACCUUGGAUCCCUUAUAUCAACAAUUGUUGGUAUUUAAGCAACCGUACAAAGGCUGUAUAUUACAGGUAACGGUUUGGGGUGAUUACGGCCGCAUGGAGAAAAAAGUCUUCAUGGGUGUAGCUCAGAUAAUGUUGGACGAUUUAAAUUUAUCAAAUAUUGUAAUUGGCUGGUAUAAAUUAUUUGGAACCACUUCACUGGGUCGACCGAUUGUUUGGGCUGGUGAUACUAUUAUGGAAGAGGACGAGGAAUGUGAAUGAUUCUAUCCGUAACCUUUGCAAGGAGCUGUCAUGCAAACAGCUUAUUAAAAUAUCUUACCAAAAAGAAAAAAAAAUAAAGAAAAAAAAGUGUUAACAGCAGAACUAAACAGAACUAACACAGAAUAGAAAGUUUCAACUGGUAUAAGCGAACUCACCAAUUUAUGCCUGAUGGGAAUUGAGAGCAACGAGAACAAAAAGGUGGUAUAUAAAAACACAAACAUCAGCAUUACGGGCAUUUAAUAAACUAAAUUAUAAAUUUAUAUUAAAAUAUCAGGUCAUCUAAAGGUUUUUUCUCCGUUACAGAAUAAAGAAAACAAAAACAAAAACAAA